AUGGCUGCCGACGACGAAGCAUCUGACAUGGCCACCUCGAGCCCGCCCCUUCUGGCACAACCCGACCACAGCCCUAGCAAUGCGUCAAGUCCCCUCACCGAGGUCGAAGACAAGGAUGGAGAACCGGAUGAGAUGGAACUUGACGGGCCGGUGCACAACUCGUCGUCAUUAAGCAACGUCAACCUAGACGACGACGAAGACAACGGCUCCAGAGCGGCACGAUCACACUCGGGAUCGGACAACGAAGACGAGUCUGCCCUGUCUGAAGUUGAGCCGGAUAUCAACGACUCGGAAGCUGAGACUGAGCGUCUUUAUGAAACGCCCACCAAGGUGAAGAACAUCAAGAAUGGGGUUGACGCCGAGAGCAGUCCAGAGACGGUCACAAGCCCGACACAGCGCCUUACUCAGACGCGGGAUCGCACCUUCCAAGCUAGCCCGAGCAAGCUGAAGCAGCAACUCCACGCCGACUCUGAUGCGGGCGAGGACGACGAGGACGAUGAUGCGCUCUCUGACGCGGAGGACGAGGAGAACAAUGAGGCCGACGGUGAAGAAGAGGCUGCUGCAGACGAUCGUGAGACCACGCGGAGCAGUCGGCGACGGUCGCUGGCUGCCAGAGAGCAGUCCAAAAAACUCGGGCAAUCGCCUUCCACCGGGGCGAAAACAAAGGAGAAUGCAAAUGGCGACAAAGAGGACACACCUGCGCCGACGCCCGUGCUUCUCCGCAGCCAGCGCUCCAAUUCCGAUACGCGCAAACGCAAGCGCUCGCCCACUACGGACCCAUCCGAAUCUGAUCAACCGCUGCGAAAGCGCAUUGGCUCUGGCAGCGGUGGCACUGGUCGUGACGCGACAAACCCGAUUGCCGAGGACAUUGACGGCGAAAAUGCGUCUGCUAGAAGGCCGAAUGGUGCAACCGACGAUGACGUCGCCAAGACAGGAGCCGACGAAAAGGCCGAAGCAGACAAUUCGGCAGAAGGCACAAGUAGUGACACGUUCCAGGCUAGAAGGUCAAAGCGUGGCAGCGCCAAGAAGCGCACCAACUCGGACGAGGGCGACGAUGAUGCGAAUGAAGACCAGAACGAUGAGGCGUUGGAAGAUGGUGACCUGGCCACGGCAGAAGAGGACGCUGCGGGCCAUGGAGAUGACGAACCGAUCGACGGCGACAUUGACGAGGAGGCCGAGGCGGCCCACCGGAACGAAGAAGAGUGUACGGUUUACCUGAUGGGAGAAACGACAUCGCCGGAGCAAAUGAGGGCAGACCAUGCUGACCAUGAGAUUACUACAGUGGAGAAGAAGAAGGCAGCCCUCGAAAACCUGCACGCAAUUGAGAAGCAAUUUGCGUCUUUCCGAGACAAACUCUAUCAGGAACGGUUAGACCAACUCAACCAAGAGGAAGAGAUGCUAAUUGGCGACAACCCGACACACCCUGAAUACCUAGCCAUGAUGCAGUGCGUAAAUGAACGACGCGACGAGAAGCUCCGCGUAAUCGACGUGGAGUACGACUUCAACCUGCAAACACUCAAGCGCUGGGCAGUGGCUCGACGCAGCCAUAUCCACGGCCAAUACUUCCAGAGUAUACGCGAGUCACGCGAACUCGUCCUUGAGGAGCUCGGCCGGCAAUGGUACCAGAUCCAGCAACAGCGGAGGCGCCACGCCAACACGAUCCCCGACUACGGCCUGCAGUUCCCGACGGCAAACACGCAACGGGUCAAGGAUGCGAUCACAUACAACAAAGAAGUGUCCAUUCUGUCCGGCAUUGCUAAGUACGAGGGCUUCCCUGCUGCGCCACAGAUCAAGGGCGCCUCAACAACGCAAGUUGACGACGACCUCGAAGCUAUUGCUAGGAGCCGGCAAACAGUGCCAACGACGCAUAUUCCCGCGCAACCCCAACACUCACACGUGGGGCAAAGCCAUUUUCCAUUCUCAGAACUAGCUGGCAGCGCCGCAGCCAGCUCUAUUGUCAAUGGUACCAGUGCCAGUGCCAACGGUGGCAGCGCCGGCCCAGUGUCGUUCCACAGCCUUGGGGCAGCAGGUCAGCAAUUCUUGGCGGACACGCCGUGGGCGAACCCACACCAUCCUUCACAUCAUGUUCAACGACAGCUACAGGGGUCCCCAGUGGCCAAUUCCUAUCAACCAGCGGCAGUGCCGGCGGCGUCGGCGUCGGCGUCAGCCGUAAGCAGUCCCUUCCCUGGGCAGCAAGCGCCGUUGGCACCAGCGCUGCGAAAGCCACUGCCACAGCAGGUGGGAACCGGUAACCAUCUGCCGAGUCACCAGAACAUGCCAUACCAGCACCAGGCACGCAUGAAUGGCGGCGUUGCACACGGCGACACAACCCAGGCCGGACAGCCGCUGGGACAGAUGCCGUCUAAGAGAGAGGCAGCUGCAACAGUGUCGUACUAG